UUUCACAACUCAUCUAGCAGGCUUUCUCUACCUAGGUAGUUUCUUUGCUACAAGACGUGGCGGGUCUUUUGCUUUGUCAUCCUUCCCUUCGUCUCUUGGCCCUGGUAGAAUAAGUUGCUCCCUCGCUAGGUAUAGAUAUUCUUUAAUCCACCACGGAUUCACUGCUCCUCGGUAGAGUCACUUCCAUUGCCUGAAAAAAGAAAACAAAAGAGGUGCUCGUCGCACUUCCUUCGCUCGGUAAACGUUUGACGCAUUGAAUGUCAAGUGAGGAGCAACUGCCGCCGCCAAGGCUCGGAAGAUGAGGAUUCGCUUCCGAGGUCCCUCGGGCGGGGGGUUUCUCGAGCUCCCCGAAGAAAGCACCGUCACCGACCUCAUUUCUGCAUUGGAGGCCGAGACCGGAUCCGGUGCCAUUGCCAUCAAGUAUGGCUGGCCGCUGCAGACACUGGAUAUGCAGCAAGGUGAUCUGAAGGUGCUAGUGCGAGAGCUUGGGCUCCAGAGAGAGAUCCUUACUAUCGUCCCUGUCGAAAACCCGCCUGCCGCUGUUGCCGCUGCUCCCACAUCUGCCGCUACUCCCGCCGUGGACUUGGAUGCACAGCUAGCUGCCAGCUUAUCGUAUGGUUCUGGCGAGGAUGUCAAGGUUGAGAUGCCCGAGUCUCGCACCAAUCUAGUUCUCCGUGUUAUGCCUGAUGAUGGAGAUUGUAUGUUCACAGCGGUCGGCGGUGCCCUCGGCGGGCUGGUGCCAGUCGGCAUAGCACACCAUGCUGAUGAGUACACACCCGCCAUCUUGCGUCGUAUGGUAGUUGAUACUAUCCGCGAAAACCCGCUGCAAUUCGACGACAAUUUCCUAGGAGCCCGUCCUGAGACAUAUUGCAACCGUUUGCUGAACGGCAUGUGGGGUGGUGGAAUCGAGCUCAGCAUCUUGUCUGAGAUCUUCCGUAUUGAAAUCUGCAGCGUUGAUGUGAAGACUGGAAAGGCCUAUCAUUUUGGUGAACAGCAAAAUCAUGAGGAAUUUUGCGUCGUUGUCUACUCUGGCGUGCACUAUGAUCGAAUUGCUGAAGCUGCUACCGAGGGAGUUAUGGGCAUGGUAGAGUUCGACGUAACAAGGUGGAACGCAUUAGGUAAUGAACGCAUACUACGGCACACGCAGGAGAACAUUUGCCAGAUGCUCCGCGACCGCCAUUAUUACACCAGCGUCAGCGACUUCGUCGUUGUAUGCAACCAAUGUCAUGAGAUUCUACAAGGUGAGAAGGCUAUUACGCAGCACGCUCGCCAAACUGGCCACUCAGGCGUUACGGAGAUUGAAGAUAUGACGUAGGUGUCAUCUUGGUAUCAAGGACUGGAAUGAAGAGACCGCUAUUUCUAUCCGAUUAAAAUACAUCGUGGAAGUCAAAUAUUCCAGUCAGCCGAUGGAUUUUCCCCGAG